CUAAUUGGAUACAAUUAGCAUUUAUUUUGUGUUGCUAAGAAACACAAAAACACACACACACACACAAGAAAGAUAUACACAAUGACAACCUUAACCGUACCUCCUAUGAUACCAUCUCCUCGUGAAGAUGCUAAAAAGUUGCAUAAAGCUUUCAAAGGUCUUGGGUGUGACACAACAAGGGUUAUUCAAAUCCUUGCUCACAGGAAUUCAGAACAGCGUUCUCUUAUUCAACAAGAGUAUGAAACUACCUAUUCUGAACCACUUUCCAAACGUCUAUCUUCAGAGAUUCAUGGUCAUCUCAAGAAAGCAUUGUUACUUUGGCUACAUGAUCCAGCAACAAGAGAUGCUAAAAUAACAAGGAGUGCAUUAACUUCGUCGGUUGUUGAUAAUCAAGCAACUACAGAAAUAAUAUGUUCUCGUACACCGUCACAAUUAAGAAGGUUAAAAGAAGUUUAUCUCUCAACUUAUCAUUCUCCUCUUGAGCAUGACAUUGAAAAUCAAACUAGUGGUGAUCACAAGAAGUUAUUGCUUGCAUAUGUAACUACUCCACGUUAUGAAGGCCCGGAGUUUAAUCCUCUAAUGGUACAAGAAGAUGCUGAACAAUUAUAUAAAUCCGGGGAGAAGAAAAUAGGAACGGAUGAAAAAACGUUUAUAAGGAUUUUUACUGAAAGAAGUACUACACAUUUGGCUGCAGUUAGUUCUGCAUACACUGCCUCAUUUGGAAACUCAUUAGAUAAGGCAAUAAAGAGUGAAACAUCUGGCUCUUUUAUGCGAGGUUUAUUGACCAUACUAAGAUGUGCAACUGACUCUAACAUGUACUUUGCCCAGAUUUUGCGCAAGUCGAUGAAGGGCAUUGGAACUGAUGACAGUAGACUAAUAAGGGUAAUUGUGACGAGGACUGAGAUUGACAUGAUGCAUAUAAAGACAGCAUAUUAUAGCAAAUAUGGAAAACCAUUAACACAUGCUGUUCGGUCAGAUACAACAGGACAUUAUGAAGACUUUCUUAUACAUCUCUUAGGUACUGAUUAUUAGUUGGUCAUGACAUUGAUCAAGGUAUUGUGUACAAAGCCAUGUAAUUAAUUAUUAUAGGUGCAUGCAUAUUGAAGAGAUGGAAAUGCAAAAACUAUUACAUUGUUAAAAUGGUUGUGUUAGGUUUUUCAAAUAGCUUUUGUAUCUAUGCCAUGUAUGUGAUGUGUCUAUUAAGACAUGAUGUAUAGAGAAAG